UUACUAUAUAAUUUAGUAUUUGUUUUCUACCAAACGAUAAAGCAACUAAUAUGGUGCUUAAAAGAAUUAAUAAAGAAAUGCAAUAUUCAGUAUUAAACACGCCGACAUUUUGUAGUAUCAGUUAUUUUGACGAUAAUCUUUUCCAUUGGCAGGCUACAAUUAUUGGCCCUUCUGACUCCCCAUACUCGGGUAGUAUAUUUUUUCUUGAUAUUUAUUUUCCAUCAAAUUAUCUGCUUAAACCACCAGAGAUUUGGUUUAUAACAAGGAUCUAUCAUCUGAAUAUUGACAAUCGUAAAUCGGUUAUAGUUGCAAAUCUUUUAUAUAUAAAUUUUAAUCAAACUUUUAUUACUCAAACUUUUGUCAAUUUGUCAAUUGUUAACUUACCCAAACCAAGGCGAUCCACUUGUACCUGAAAUUGCUAGUGUGUAUAAGAAUGAUCAUAAUCGUUAUGAAGCUAUUGCACGGGAAUGGACUCGCAGAUACACAUAACUUUUGCUUUUUUUUUAAUUAUCUAAAUAUAUAUGUAUUUUUUCUUAUAUGAUAUGAUAGUGUAAUUAUCCGAAUUAAAUCAUUUGUAUAUUCGGUUUUGAAUUUCGC